UCCAGCGCCGCCUAGCCUCGCUCCAGCGCCGCCUAGCCUCGCUCCAGCGCCGCCUGUUCCCCACCACCCGCCCGCCGCCCAGAGCCAUGGCAGACCGAGAGCACUUCGUGUACCAGGCGAAGCUCGCCGAGCAGGCGGAGAGAUACGACGAAAUGGUGGAGUCGAUGAAGAGUGUAGCGGGGAAGGACGUGGAGCUGACAGUGGAGGAGAGGAACCUGCUAUCUGUGGCCUAUAAGAACGUGAUCGGUGCCAGAAGAGCCUCCUGGAGGAUAAUCAGCAGCAUUGAACAGAAGGAGGAGAGCAAAGGAGGAGAAGACAAACUCAAAAUGAUCCGGGAAUACAGGCAAACGGUUGAAAAGGAGCUGAAAUCAAUCUGUAACGACAUUCUGGAUGUACUGGACAAACACCUCAUUCCUGCAGCCAACACGGGAGAGUCGAAGGUUUUCUACUACAAAAUGAAGGGUGACUACCACAGGUACCUGGCAGAGUUCGCCACGGGCAACGACAGGAAGGAAGCUGCGGAGAACAGUUUGGUAGCGUACAAAGCAGCCAGUGACAUCGCCAUGAUCGAGCUGCCGCCCACACACCCCAUCCGCCUGGGCCUGGCCCUCAACUUCUCCGUCUUCUACUACGAAAUCCUCAACUCUCCAGACCGCGCCUGCAGGUUGGCGAAGGCGGCGUUUGAUGAUGCGAUAGCGGAGCUGGACACGCUCAGUGAGGAGAGCUAUAAGGACUCUACGCUCAUCAUGCAGUUGCUGCGUGACAACUUGACACUAUGGACUUCAGACAUGCAGGGAGACGAUUCAUAAGGACAGCCCACCCCCCUCUUAUUCCCUCUAGACCUCCUUUUUGUGAAGAACAGAAUAAAGAAGCACUGCAAGAUGUGGAAGAUGAGAACCAGUGAGACAUCGCAGCCAAUAUGAAUUUUUUUCUCUCUUCUCUCUCUCUCUUCUCUCUCUCUCUCUCUGUCUUCUCUCUCUCUCAUAAAUAUAUACACCCAAAUCUCUUGUCCCUAAUACCCCCCCCCCCCUUCCCAAUCUCCCUCUUUAACCCCCCCCUCAGGUGUCCAUGGUGUCAGACAGAAAGAGCUCAGAAGUCGCCCUCUAGUCCGGCGCUCACUCGCUCGUUUCUCGUUUAUCCUUCUAUUUCUUUCUGUCAUACCGUUUCCCUCUCUUCCUCCCUCUCUCUCUUUUGCUCUGGUAUGUCUCUGUCUAGCUGUCUGCUCUUUUGGGUUCUGCCCUGGGCAUUUUUAAAUGUUAUUUUCUUUCCCUUACUUUCUCCCCUUUUUAUCUUUCGCUUGGCUCAGUCAGAUUCACAGGUAAAUUUAAAUUGUUUGUUUGGUCGCUGGAAUUAUUAAAUAUAUUUGAAUAUAUAUAUAUAUAUAUAUAUAUAUAUAUAUAUAUAUAUAUAUAUAUAUAUAUAUAUAUAUAGGCGUGGCUGAGAAGUUCCCUGUGCUGGUUUAGUGUCUGAGUGUGGUGUGUGUGUGAGUGUGUGGUGUGUGUGUGUGGGCUUUAUUUUAUGUCUCACUUUUUUUGCUUUUAACUCAGUCUGCAGUUCAGCAGGACGGUGGUACACUAUUGAAGUUGCUGUCAUGUGAUUUUUUUGGAAGGAUUAAAUUUUUUGGUGAUCACAUGGUUGCCUACUGUUUCUUGACGGUUGGGAUGAUCAUGCCCGUGGUGGAUCUCGACUGUCGGUUCUGGGAGAUGAAACAGCCUGUUUUUGCUUUUAAAGGGACGGCUAUUAUUGUUUUCCUUUUUAAAAAAAAUGAAUUAAAGUGCCCUCUGUCUCUGAUUGGCCUCCUGUGUGGCUUUCAAAGCAGGUUUUGGCUCUCAGAUGCGUCGUAAUCGUCAUAAACGUCUCAAUGCCUUGAACGCAUCCCCAACCUCCAGUUGGUUUGUGCUCAUAGCCCUCUAUGCAUACAUAACUGUACCAGAACAAUGCUCCUCCAACACUUUUAUAUAAACCUUUCUUUUUCCUCUCUCUCUCUCUCUCUCUCUCUCUCUAUUUCUCUCUCUCUCUCUCUUUCUCUUCAGUGAAUGGCUUGUAGUACGUAUGUAGCUUCAUUAAUAGAAACACAGACAAGGGAACUCGUCAGCGUCUCACACGGUUCAGAUAUAAACCCUAAGCAGGAACGUAUUGGCUGUUUUUUAUUUUUUGGGCGUAAAAUGAAUUAAAACAAAUCCUUCCUUUUCCCUCCUUGUUUUUAUUUUAAACAUCUCAUUCAUUCAUUGACUACUUCUUUGCCCUCUUUUUUUUGCCUCUCCCUUGCUCCUUCUCUCUCUGUAUCUCUAUCUCUCUCUUGCUCUCUGUUUUUAUUUUAUUUUUUUGUUCUCUCAUCCGUUUGUUCAGUAUGUGUAACUUGAAUCUGAUUUGUACUACUGGAUAUUCUGACCGGAGCCAACAAGCACCGUCUGUAUUCUUACUGAAAACACAGCAUGGGAUUAACUUUAACCUUCAAAUAAAAACAAACCUAAAUUAAAACAA